AUGUCUCAGCCAGCAGGAAGAACCAUCUUGGCCUCAACCAUUGCCAAACAGUACGUCGACGAAAUCACGAGCGAAGUUGCCAAGUUGCCCUUCAAGCCAAAGGUGGUUGGCUUUUUGGGAAACUCCGACCCAGCCUCGAAAACUUACGCUAGUUGGACAGGCAAAACUUGCGAGUCUUUGGGUUUCGAGUACGAAUUGCAGGAGGUGGACAAGUAUGAAUUAGAAGCCUCGAUCAUUUCUGCAAACAAGGAUGACAACGUGCAUGGAAUCAUGGUGUACUUCCCCGUGUUUGGAGAUAAGCAAGACCAAUACUUGCAGCAGCUCAUCUCCCCCGAGAAAGAUGUGGAGGGUUUGAAUUUCAUGUACUACCAUAACUUGUACCAUAAUGUGCGUUUCUUGGAUUCGCCUACCAAUGAGCAGAAGUCUAUUUUGCCAUGCACUCCAUUGGCCAUGGUCAAGAUCUUGGAGUAUUUGGGCGUCUACAACAAGCAUUUGCACUAUGGUAACAGAUUGUAUGGAAAGAAGGUCUUGGUCGUCAACCGGUCGGAGAUCGUCGGAAGACCGCUUGCGGCUCUUCUUGCCAACGAUGGUGCUACCGUCUUCUCUUUAGAUAUCAACAACAUUCAGAAGUUCACAAGAGGUGAUGACUUGCUGAUGCAACGUCACAAGGUCACUGACUUGGAUUCUGAGGAGUACUCUCUUGAGCAUGUUGCUCCACAAUGUGACGUGAUCAUUACUGGUGUUCCAUCUGACAAGUAUAAGUUCCCCACUGAGCUCGUCAGCAACGGUACUGUGGUGAUCAAUUUCCUGAGUUGCAAGAACUUUGAGGAUGCCAUCAAGCAAAAGGCUGGAUUGUACGUGCCAUCCAUUGGAAAGGUCACCAUUUCCAUGCUUUUGAGAAACCUUCUUCGUUUGAUCAACAAUAGGGAGAUUAGAAAGAAGAACGCCGAGAACAAGUAA